AUGGCAGUUAAAAGAAGACCAAGACUGCAAAGAAACUCCAACAUUUUGCUGGCCUGUUUAGCAGCUACUGAUACAGCCACUGGUUUACUGACACAACCAUCAGAUAUUCUGUAUAUGAUUCUCAAGCUAUCUGGAAUCGGCGAUAAAGGCGCUGGACCCACGAUUUUGGAUUUUCAUAAUUCUUCUUUACGCGCCCUGUUUGUCUGUUCCUCGCUUCAUCUGAUGUUGGUAACCUUUGAGAGGAUUAUAGCGAUCAAAUUUACAAUGCGAUACAAUGCGCUUGUCACAAAAGACAAACUUAAGGUAGUAGUGGCUGUAUUCUGGUUCCUUUCGGUUUCAUCUGAGGUAGUAAAUCACGUAACAGGCCAAACACUUUACUCAAACGUUUUAACAGCUUUGACUUUAGUUUCCUGUGUUCUUUUUAUGUCGAUUUCAUACUUAUUGUUGUACCAAGAAACUCGCCGACAUCAAAAGAGAAUGAAAAAGGAACAAAUCCCUCUGGAAGAAGUUGAACGAUUUCGUAAAGAAAGCAAAGCUCUCAAGACAACAGUGUUCGUAGUUGGGGCUGUUCUGUUAUGUUUUUUCCCUGCGUUCAUAUUCCUUUCAGUUCUUUUGUACUUUUCAGGAGUUGUUGUAAUGCAAUCCAGUUUGUUUUAUGUUGUUACACCAUUCAUUCGUACAUCCGGAAUGUUAAACUCGUUUCUGAACCCACUUAUUUACUGUUUGCGGCAAAAAGAAAUGAGACAGUUUGUUUUAAGAUUUCUAAGAUUUCCGACAGCAAUACAAGUGGUGCAACCCAUUGAUAACUAAUAGUUGUUAAAACUUGAAGCUUAGCAAAAUUCAGUGCUACAAUUGGGCAAAAAUUAAAGCAACACAAAUUCACUCAUAUCAGUUGUAAAAAAGAAGCUCAGGGUCUGUGAAUUGUAUUAAGAUACGGUGUAUGUAAAACUUGGGUGUUACGUUGAGUGAAUAAUAAAUUUUAUUUUUUAACACUGCCUUUUAUGAUUUGCCUCAAAUCACUCCAACGCUGAUCAGAGUGAUGGGAUUUUGAACAAAACACUAGCGCGAUUCGUGCAUAACUCGUACUGCAGAUGGCCAGAAAGAUUGCAAGGAAAUCAGUGAUUUCAAAAUGGGUGUAAUAAACUACAGAUUGUUAUGACGCGUGAUUUUGGACUAUCAAAAAGGAAUUCACGCGUAAUAUUCAAAUGUAUGACGGACGUAACCUAUUCACAAUUGAACCAGCAUCCUUUGUACAGUGAAUAGCACUGGAUGCCCCAGUCAGAGCGCGCGAAAGUUUUUGUAUACACACUACAUGUAAAAUAAAAACUAUAAGCUAUAAGUCAAGAAGGCCCACAGAAAAACUAUUAGGGCCUAUUACGAGCUACAGGCUCAAAAAGAAAGCUUUGGAAAGGCAAUUACGCAUGUUGAUAAUAACUUUUAAAACAAGGGGAAAUAAAUUUAGUAGAUAUCACAUGAGACCUGCGCAAUAAGGUUGAGAACAUUCAGCGCAGAUGGUAAAAAAGAACUACGCCUCACUAGCGAGGUCAGUUUAGGAACAAAAGAAAGCCGUCAUCACAUCGUUGACGGUUUGUUGGGUGGAGUCUGAUAGAUUUAUGUACACUAUAAAUAAAAAAACGGCAGGAAAACUUACUGACGGUCGACGGAUGAAACAACAACGUUCACCUAAGUUAAAAUUAGUUUCGUGGGAAAUAAUAGAUUGGAAAAGGCUCUGUCCUUUCUUCAAGCUGAACAAAAGUCAUAUAAUUGAUGUAAUGUUUGACACAUAUGACCAGUCACUGGAGAAAAAUUCAUUCUUUGAAAAAGCCUAAUGGGUCAACUAAUUGAAUAUUUUAAAGUUAAGUAAUCGGAUCUACUUUUUAACGACAAAAGGAACCGCCGUCCUUUAUAACAAAACUAAACGCAAGCCUGGCAAUACGCCGUCCUUUUUAAUUGUUUCAUGGGAAGUAAUUGAGUGGGAUAGGUUCACUCUUUUAACUAAAGAACUUUGCAAAUCGAAAGUAGAGGAAAAUUUCCCUUAUCGAGAUACUGUCUUUCCAAAACAAUCGCGCACCGAGCAAGGACUAUUAAAUGAAAUAAAAACAUUUAAUAUAAUCGGCGAGGGAAACUUUAUAUUUCAAGGUGGGAGAGUAGGCCGGGGUGACCCCCUAGGGUGAUAUGAAAGACACGGGGAUACUCAUCUUCUCACUUUCGAUUUUUGGUCUCAAGCGUGGAUUUCAGGCAAAACGUUAUUUUUGUUUUCAAGUUUUUUUUUUAAUAUUAGGUUACAUGCGAGGAAAUAAACAAACAGCAUAAUGUAUUUUUUUGUUUUGUUUUUAGGUAUCUUUAACGGGUCAUAUAGAGGCUGCGACACACCCAGACUGAUCCCAUAAAAAAUUUCCGACGAGAAAUCCCCCCUUUGUCAUAUGGGGCCCCCGGAGUAACUUCCCGGUGGUAGCCCAGUGAAAGCUGUACGUCACCUCUCAACAACGAGGGUCGAAUUUAUAUCCCUGAGUUGAUACUACUUUAGUUCUGGGUUGAAAUUACACUUGGUUCCUCAUUGCUGAGAGGUUUUCCUCCCGGUGCUCCCAUCAUGACUAUCGAAUUCCAAUUAGACCCGCGACGCACGAACGCGUUUGAAAUACGGAUUUUUUUUGGAACAGCUCCUGGGGUGAGUUAAGACGAAUAGAACAUACAAUAACCGUUGUAACUCAGUUAGGCAGUAGUUCAAGCGACAAUUAUUAGUAGAAGAAAGCAUCUCCAUUGUUAAACUUGACUUCCUGGGAAGUAUUUAAAUGUGACAGGCCUGUACAUGAACUUGCAAACGCAUUUGCUGAAAAUACUUUCUUUAACAGGUUCUUGAGUUUUCUUGGGUAAACAGGUUACAUGGAGUUUACAUAUGAGAUCCUUUUUAAAAACCAUAUUUUAUAUGAAAAAGGCAUCUCAAUAAAGAUUAUUAUUGUUAGUUUACAAAGAUUAGAACAAACUGAACAACAGAUCAAGUUCUAGAUCAAGUUCUAGUUAUUGGCAGAAGAAACCACGUCUACUGAAGUUAGCCUUGACUUCAUGGGACAUAAUUAUGGGUAAAAGGUUUGCGAUUUUAACUAGCCGAUCAGAUGAAAAAUAACAAGCCUCUAAAGCGUCUGUUUCGUGUCAAAAACACUGAGCACAGAACAACGAUCAUACUGAAAUUCACAAUUUUUAAACCAAGGUCAACAGCAUAUUGUUCAAAGAUGCCGUCUCAUGGAGUACAGAUGAGCGAAACAAUAUAAGCCAUUGAAACUCCAUUACAUCAAGAUCGAGCGAUACUUAUCGACAGGAACUCUCCAAGUUUUUGAAAAGCGAGAUGAAAUGAUAUGCCUCAAUGGCAGUGCUCUUUAUAUCUUAAAAAAAGCACCUGUUCUAGAAACCAUCAAAUACAGUAUAAAAAUUUUGUUAACGACUUUUCUUUACUCAAAGAGUCUUACAAAGCUAAGUGCAGACAGAAGAGCGCAUCAGUUACCUUAAUUUUGCUCAAAACUCACUUUCUUUUCGCACAUAUAUCGUGCCAGUAUCUUCGAAAUUCGAUUCGUUUCAGAUAUUGUCAUGACAGACGUAACACAACUAAGCAUGGCAGCUCAGAUUAGUUUCCUCAUUAACAUCAUCAUUAACAUCGCUAUUUGUCCCUUCACUGUCCUCCUGAACGUGCUGGUAAUAAUGGCCGUUAAAAGAAGACCAAGACUGCAAAGAAACUCCAACAUUUUGCUGGCCUGUUUAGCAGCUACUGAUACAGCCACUGGUUUACUGACACAACCAUCAGAUAUUCUGUAUAUGAUUCUAAAGCUAUCUCGAACCGGAGAUAAAGGCGCUGGAAGCAGGGUUUUGGAUUUUCAUAAUUCUUCUUUACGCGCCCUGUUUGUCUGUUCGUCACUUCAUCUGAUGUUGGUAACCUUUGAGAGGAUUAUAGCGAUCAAAUUUACAAUGCACUACAAUGCAGUUGUCACAAAAGUCAAACUUAAGGUAGUAGUGGCUGUAUUUUGGUUCCUUUCGGUUUCAUCUGAGGUAGUAAAUCACGUAACAGGCCAAACACUUUACUCAAACGUUUUAACAACUUUGACUUUAGUUUCCUGUGUUCUUUUUAUGUCAAUUUCAUACUUAUUGUUGUACCAAGAAACGCGCCGACAUCAAAAGAGAAUGAAAAAGGAACAAAUCCCUCUGGAAGAAGUUGAACGAUUUCGUAAAGAAAGCAAAGCUCUCAAGACAACAGUGUUCGUAGUUGGGGCUGUUCUGUUAUGUUUUUUCCCUGCGUUCAUAUUUCUUUCACUUGUUUUACACUUUUCAGGAGUUGUUGUAAUGCAAUCCAGUUUGUUUUAUGUUGUUACACCAUUCAUUCGUACAUCCGGAAUGUUAAACUCGUUUCUGAACCCACUUAUUUACUGUUUGCGGCAAAAAGAAAUGAGACAGUUUGUUUUAAGAUUUCUG